AUGACGGAGACAAAGGCUGUGCUAAAAUGCAGUACUAUCGUCACUUUGGUGGCCGGAUUCUUGGGGAUAGUAUCGUUUGCUGCUGGUUUUGCUGCAGAGGUUACUAGAGUUAAGGCUUCUCAGGUUCGAAUUACUCGUUUUUCUGGGUGUGUAUACCCUUCGAGUCCAGCUAUGGCUCUUGGUUUGGUUGCAGCAGUGGCUCUUUUGAUAGCUCAAAUAAUUAUAAAUUUUUCAACCGGGAUCACAUUUGUGGCUGGGUUUAUUUUGUUGCUGGCUGGUGCUGCACUUAAUAAUGAACAUGAUGGAGAAAGCUCGUACUACUCUGGCUAUUACUCUUGCUAUGUAGUGAAACCUGGAAUCUUUGCAGGAGGUGCCAUUUUGUCCAUUGUGACUGUGAUUCUUGGCAUUAACUAUUAUCUCACCCUAAUUUCGGCAAACAACAGUAACAUGAUGAACAAUCCGUCCGGAAAUCCUUCUGCUACUUAUCAAGAAGGCCAAGGAGAGACAGCAAUAGCAAUGGGACAACCUCAGUUCCCACCAAAGAGUACUCAAGAACCUGUUGGCCCAUGA